AUGACUCAAUCACCAACUCAAGUAAAAAAGUCUGACAAUGAUAUAGUUUUUUUUUCAGAAAACGAUGGUGUGGAUUUAUUGAUUGAAGCAAUCAGAAGCGUGCCAGAUAUAAAGGCUACGAAGAAAAAAGUACUUGAUUCAAUUCCAGUGCAAAUAGAAGAAGAAACUACUCAAUCUAUUUUAAUAUUGCAAAGAACUAAUAUAAUUGCAGAUGAAGCUAAUGACACAUUAAAAUCUGUAGUUGCUCAAUUAAAAACCUUUGACACAAUAGACGAAGAAGAAGAAGAAAGUGAAUAUUACCAGUACAAUAAAAAUGUUCAUAAAAGUAAUAACAUUAAACUAAAAGAAACGCUUGAAUCAGAAGAUAUAAUAUAUGCAACUACUACACCAUUUUCAAAUAUUCGUGUAGCAAAAGGUGAAAAUAAUAAAGAAUUUUCAAAAAAGUUGUACUCAAAAAAGGGGGACAAUGAUAAGGGGUUUAAAUUAUUUAUUGAAGACUCAGAUGACGACGAUGAAGUAACUUUAACCACAAUAAACCCUCCCGAUUCAAUUAAAGAAUUAGUUACAUCCCAGAAACCAAUAAAAACAACGACUAACUUGAAAGACGAACAAAUAACGUUACACGAUGCUAAUGAUUCAUAUCGACAUCAAAAUAUGAUUAAAUUAGAUUGGAUAGAAGAAAGUUAUAAUCACGAGGAUGAACGUAAAGAAGUAUCUAGAUUUAUAGAAACUACCACACAAAAAUUAGCACCAACUCAUACAAGUUCAGAAAUUGUAUCACGAACUACUAAGAAGAAAAGAGCAAAGUUAAAUAAAUAUGACGAUCCUACAAGUAGCAUAUCUAAGGAAAGGAUAGAAGAGGAUAUACAAAUAACUAAACAUUUAAAUUCGGAGUAUGUAAUGUACAAAAAGCAAAUGGAUUUGCUGAAUUCGCUAGACUACGGAACAGAUAACAUUGAAAUGGAGGCUGAGAGUUUAGACUUUAAAGAAGACAAAUCUAACUCGGAACAGUUUCCUUCGUAUCUUGUUUAAAAUAUUUAUAUUUUUAAUUAUUAUUGAUAGAAAUAAUAAGUGAUAAGUAGGUUAUGUUUUAAAAUGAUUGCAAUUAGGUUUAAAAUAUUUGUACAUAUAUUUUGUUUAUUUGUGUUUAUAUAGUUAAUAAAGUUUGUUGCAUCAGAUUAAUUUUAAUUUUUUUUAUCUUGUUUUAUUAGUUAACUAAAGUUUUCGUCUGGCUCCAGGUCUCAGA